GUUAUGGUCCAAACGUUAUUCAAUAUAAGGCUAAUAGAUUCCCUUAUAACGAACCUUUUGUUCAAUCACUUGAACUGAAGAAUAUACAUUUUAUAUCACAAAGUACUACUUAUAUGGUCAGAUUCACUCAAAAAAUUAGGCAUAUAUUAUCUACAAGUGAUCUUGGAUCAUUUAUUGGUUUUCAACCACGUUAUUAUUCAAUACCUUAUAUCGAAUCAACUAUAGGCAGAAAUAAUCCGACUGCUAAUCCGUUGCUUUAUGCAACAGUGGCUAUUGCAGCACCGUCUACAAUCGUAGAUCAAGAAACUGAACAAAGGAACAAAACCGUAAGAUUUGAACCUUUACUAUGUUUAGCGUUAGCUUUUUUGAAAAGACCUGGAAUUUUCAAUCCAUGGGGAUAUGUACAAAAAAGAAUCAUAUCUAGAGGAGGUCUAUCAUAUACAAUCGAUGCACCAAUGGAUUUAGAAAAAUUGCCCCUUGAAGAAAGGGUUAAGCGUUUAGAAGCACUUGACAUGUUUCUUAAUAAUCAUGUUAUUGGCAUUCCCUUUGGUAGAGAUGUGAAAAAUCCAAACAAAGAUGACCCCGAACUAUCAUCUUAA